AUGCUCUGGGCGCACGAGGGCGAGGGCGUUAGAGCCAUCCUGUGCUUAGACCCGCCCGGGGCCGGGCUGGCGAGGGCAGCGGCCGCCUUGCGCUGCGCUGGCUCGGAGGACGCGCUCCUGCCCCAGCGUGCAGGCUUCGUUCGCGGCCUGGUCCUGGUCCUCGGAGGCGAACCCAGCGCCAUGAAGGGCGUCCUCUGCACGGCGGUCACUGCCAUCGCCGCACUCGCCGUCGGCGUCGCCGCUGCAGAACCCCUGCGCUGUGAGCAGUGCAAUUCGUGGGCGGACACGUGUGUGCAGCCCGUCGUCUCCGAGUGUCCCGAGAAUAAAAAUGCCAGCUGCGUCCGCUCCUUCACCAACUCCUCUCUAGGGGGCGACGUGAGACUUUACCGGAACAUGUUCUGCUCGGAGAAGAACUGCAGCGGGGAGACCAGCGCCGUCGCGGCCUUUGCCGUCCAUGUGUCCGAGGGAGAACGCUUCCAUUUUGCGAGCCAGUGCUGCCAGGGGGAGACGUGCAAUGACACGGACAGCGCCCCGGGACAUGUCCUGAGUGAUGGCUCUCACGUCCCAGGCCCUCCACAGGAAGGCGUGCCCAGCAACAUGGAGUGCCCCGCCUGCUACGGUGACAGUGAGGUGUCCUGCAGCGAGGCAACCCAGAAGUGUUAUGGAGGCCAGCGGUGUGUCUCCCUGGUCGCAGACUUCACCAACGACACCCAGUCCACGAGGCUCGUGUUGAGAGGCUGUUCCAAUGUCAGCAACGCCACCUGCCAGCUCCUGUCUGCCGGAAACCAGACGGUGGGAGGAGUCAUCUUCCAGAAGUUUGAGUGCACGGACACCACUCCAUCACCAGCCACAACACCAACCAUGCCACCAAACACAACACCAACCAUGACACCAUCCACACCACCAACCAUGACACCAACCAUGCCACCAACCAUGCCACCAACCACGCCUGACGCAGGCUCCAAAACUGUGCCCGCCUCCUGGGCCGUCUUCAGCCUCCUCCUGCUGUGGCUGCUGUUCUGA